AAAGUCCGAACUUCCGUUCAACCCUCUUUCCUGUCUGACCUAAUUCUCUCACUUGGUGUUCUCUGACAUUUUCCCUUCUACAUCCCUUCACACUUGACCCCCCUCAGUUCCCCUCAAUCCAUGUCCUUUCCGGUGGACACUGCACGAUGGGUCUUCUGAGCCGGCUUCGCAGACAUUCCUCCAGGAACCACAGUGCGGGGAAUGCGGCCACCUACGAUCAUCUCCGCACCGACGUCGAUGUCUAUCCACGGUCGGCCUCCAGUCAGGACUUGACCAAAUCCCUCCCUCGACCCAUCCUGAGGCGCAUCUUUGCCGCCGUCUGCCCACAUACCGUUGAUGACAGCUAUGAGACAUCGGAGGAGUCCAUGACUGAGGAUGGCUGCAUGCUCUGUGACAUGCGCGACCUGGCCCACUGCGCUUUGGUCUGUCAACGCUGGUACCUCGAAGCUCGGGCUUUACUAUACUCCCAUGUCCGCAUCGACCCCGUUCAUUACUGCGAACUCGAAGUCCAACUGUCUGCCAAACGCAAGCGACGCUCGUUCAUGAAUCGCAAUGGGGAAGCCAUCGACGCGCCUCAGGUUCGAUUACGACUUUUCAUGCAAGCUGUGCGAGACUCAUCGGAUCUGGGACAUCGGGUGCUUUCUCUUCGUAUGCCAUACAUGACCCGCGAGGCGAGCAAAAGUGAAAUUGCCCGCACCAUCUCCGUCUUGCCAAAUCUUCGCUACGUCGACCUCCCCGCCGGAAUAUUCAGCGACGAUCCGUCUUGCUUGGCUCUCAAACAGGAACUUAUCGGUCGCUGUCAGGAUCUCCGUCGGAUGAGUUACCGACAUGGGGCGGAGGGAAGCUUUUCGCAGUUACCCGACGCUCCGCUUUGGGUAAACUUGGAAGUACUGGAGCUGUCCCGAUUGCAAAUCGAGCCUCACAUCCUCCGGAUGGGCCUUGCUUCUUUCGCUCAUCUCCGUGAUCUCACCCUCGAUGAUCUGCCCUGGCUCGAUGACUCCGCCUUCGCGCUCUCCGAUUCCCUUCCUCCGUUCCCAGCCGUCCAGCGCCUCACACUCCGAGAUACCCCUAACGUCACGGCAAGCGGGCUUGUCGAUUUCUUCUCUCUUCCUUCCAAUCGCAAGAAUCUCCAUUCCCUGACCCUAUCUUCCACCGGUGUCCUUCCAUCGACCUUCAACCAGAUUCUCUCCCUGGCGCCUCAGCUCCGCUCCUUCUCUGUCAACCAGGAAGUCACCCGCUCCUUCCCGGCCGACAGUGUGCCCCCUCUCGCAUCCCGAUCCCUCACCCUUCUCCACUACGAGAUCACAUCCCCCACCGGUCCCAACGGCAAUCUCCCUCCUGUCGCAGCCUCCUACUACACCUACCUCAUUUCAUCGCUCAUGUCCCACACACUCCCUGCUCUACGGGAUCUCUAUGUUCGCGAUUCCAGCUUUCCCGAAACCCUACUGCUCGCACCGCCACCGCGUCUCCUCGGCGGCGGUGAAAGUGGCCCACAGUUCUUCCACGGGGGUCUAUCCCAGCCCCUCAACGUGUACAGUAAGGGGCUGGACGAGCUCGAGUGGAACUUCACACCGUACGAGCCGCCGUCGACGCGCGGGCGCCGCGCGAGCACCACGCGGCCGGUGAGUUUCCACGACGCGCAGCUGAGUCGAACUUGGGGCGGCGACGCACGGAAGAGCGUGCUGGUCGGUAACGGCUUUGGCGGGUUCCUGGCCGUACCGGUCGACGAUGACGGCCGUCCCAAGAGUAGUGGAGGGUGGCGACGCGACAGUCGACAGGAUCUGUGGCGGUGAAUGAGAUCAUUGCUUCGCUCUCUGGUGAGCCGGCGGUUCCUGUCAACUUGGUACGGAUAAUGUUGUAAUGAGUGAGGAUCGGACCUGGACUGGUCGUUGGAGUGGACUGUUUAAACUGGCUGUCUGUGACUGGGCCGAGCACUUGUUCAUAUUUAGGUAUUUAUCUUGUCUUUACUUCUCCAUGAUCGGAUGGACGGAUAUGAAUCCAGAAUACAUAGGAUGUGUUCAAUG